AUGACAGUCUCACUCGCCGAGCUAGAUGCUCACGAGCAACCAAGCGAUGAAAUGCGCGCGGAAUGGAAACACUUCUACCGCCUAGACCCGUCUGUUGUGGUGCAGGAUCCCAGAAUCGAUGACCCCCGACUUCCACUAUCAGAGAAUGGAUUCCAGGCCUCGGGGAAGAUUGAUAAGACUCAAGCCGCCGAUGCUUUUGCAGCGCUGGGGGAUCAUCUCAGAUCGUUUGCGCAAGAGGAUAUCCCCGUCAUUUCCCACCCACUACUACCAGGCCUGCUGAUCAUGCCGAACCUCGUGCCGCCAGCGGUCCAAAAGGAUCUUCUAGCCAAAAUUCUUCACAGGGAUCUCUCCAACCCCAAACACCAAACCAACUUGCACCUCCAUUACACUCUCCCCUACUCGUCCGCAACAUGCUCGCCUCCAGACUCGGACUCAGUCCCAGACUCGCCUCUGCCUUCCCGCCCCCAAUCCUUCUUCACCCUCUCCCCCGAGGUCCCCGCGACAUUCACCCCCAAGGACCCGACAGUCCACAAGCCCCUGAGCGCCGGCCAAGUCCUCAACCGCCGCCUGCACUGGGUCACGCUCGGCGGCCAAUACGACUGGACGAACCGCGUGUACCCGGACUCGGAGCCGCCCCGUUUCCCUACAGACCUCGCGCAGUUCCUCGAGAAGCUGUUCCCGGAGACCGCUGCCCAGGCGGCCAUUGUCAACUUCUACAGCCCAAAGGACACCAUGAUGAUGCACAGGGAUGUAAGCGAGGAGGUGGACAAGGGACUGGUGAGCCUGAGUUUCGGGUGCGACUGCUUGUUCAUGAUUGCUCCAAACAGUCGUGCAGGCCGCGACGACGACAAGGACGACAAGACUGAUGGCCACGUGCAAGGGGAGAAGAAAUAUCUACUGCUGAGGCUGCGCUCCGGCGACGCCAUCUACAUGACCAAGGAAUCAAGGUAUGCUUGGCACGGGGUGCCCAAGAUUAUCAGUGGCACUUGCCCGGAUUAUCUGGAGAGUUGGCCUGCGGAAAACGGGGAGUAUGCAGAGUGGGAGGGUUGGAUGAAGAAUAAGCGAAUCAAUUUAAACGUCAGGCAGAUGAGGGAUUAG